UUCCGUGUUCCUCUGCUGCUGCCUCUAUCACAGGUGCGAAAGAGACUCUGCGAGCUGCUUGGGAGAGCCGAGGAUAUUAGGUUGCGUUAGCGGACUAAGUAAAGCACACGCUGACUGGCGGUAUCUCACGGCUUGCAAAAUGGUCGAAUAACAAUAACUAACCGUAGCCUGUUGUGGUUGUAUUCGGCAGAAGGAGAGUGUAGCUUAGCAGGCUAAUAAACAGUUAGCGCGCUAGCUACAAUACACUGACUUGCUAGGCUGCGGUGCGGCGUUAUUUCGGUAGAGCUGCUGCUGCUCGGACUAAAGCUUGUUUCUCAACCAUGUUCGUACAAGAAGAGAAGAUCUUCGCAGGGAACGUGUUGAAGAUCCAUAUCUGUACCAUGGAGGGCACUGAGUGGAUGGAGGAAGUCACAGAAGAUAGCACUAUAGAGAAGCUGAAGGAGAAAUGCCUGAAGCACUGUGUGCACGGGAAUCUAGAGGAUCCCAAAACCAUCACGCAUCACAAACUCAUUCACGCAUCUACAGAGCGGAUUCUUACUGAAUCCAAAACCGUCGCAGACGAAAACCUUAAAGAUAAAGACUGUUUGUUAUUGAUAAAGAAGAGAGCGCAACCACCCAAUCCUAAAAUGACAGACGUAUCUGCGGAAGAGAAGAAGAAGCAGGAGAGCAAGGCUCCUGAUAAAGAUGCUAUCCUCAAAGCCACUUCAAAUUUGUCCAUUCGUCACUCGGACCGCACUGUCACACAGCACAACAUCAGAGACUUCCAAACAGAACUGAGGAAGAUUCUGGUGUCGCUCAUCGAGGUAGCGCAGAAGCUUCUCGCUUUGAAUCCAGAUGCUGUUGAACUUUUCAAAAAGGCCAAUGCGAUGUUGGAUGAGGAUGAUGAGGAACGUGUGGAUGAGAACGCACUGCAGCAGCUGACCGAAAUGGGUUUCCCAGAGAGCCGUGCAGUCAAAGCACUGCGCCUUAACCACAUGUCUGUAACACAGGCUAUGGAGUGGCUGAUCGAGCACGUCGACGACCCCACCGUCGACACACCCCUGCCGGGCCAGGAAGCUCAAGGAGCAGCCGGAACUUCAGCGCCUGUGUCUGCGUCUGCAGGUCCUCCUGCUACGGCUCAAGCAGCCACCAUCUCACAGUCCAGCUCUGAGGAAGCUAAGCAGGACGAGCUGACGGAGAUCUUUAAGAGGAUCCGGAGGAAACGAGAGUUCAGGCCGGACUCACGGGUUAGUGCCGUUUCACAAGAGGCAGUGAUUGCACUGAUGGAGAUGGGAUUUGAUGAAAAGGAAGUGAUUGACGCCCUCCGGGUCAAUAAUAAUCAACAGGAUGCUGCUUGUGAAUGGUUGCUCGGUGACAGAAAGCCUUCUGCUGAGGAUCUCGAUAAGGGUAUUGACACUAACAGCCCUCUGUUUCAAGCCAUACUGGAGAAUCCUGUGGUCCAGCUCGGCCUCACCAACCCCAAAAUACUGCUGGCGUUUGAGGACAUGCUGGAGAAUCCUCUGAACAGCACACAGUGGAUGAAUGACACUGAGACCGGCCCUGUCAUGCUCCAGAUAUCCAGAAUCUUCCAGACACUCAACCGCACAUAAAGCACAUCAUAUCUCUGGAGUUUCUACAAACAGGACAGGCUUAUUCACUAAUAAGGGAAGUGUGUGUGCGCGUGUGAUUGUGUGUGUGCGCGUGUGAUUGUGUGUGUGCGCGUGUGAUUGUGUGUGUGCGCGUGUGAUUGUGUGUGUGUGCGCGUGCGAUUGUGUGUGCGCGUGCGAGAGUGUGUGCGAGUGCGAGAGUGUGUGCGAGAGUGUGUGCGAGAGUGUGUGCGAGAGUGUGUGCGAGAGUGUGUGCGAGAGUGUGUGCGAGAGUGUGUGCGAGAGUGUGUGCGUGGCCGGUAUGGUUUAUGCGCUAUAUGAGUUACAGUGAGCAAUGAAUGUAACAAUAAUAACAGGAUGGGAAUUUUUCAGUUUUAAAUAUUAUACAGAUAUCUAUUUAUAACUCACAGAACACUUGUAAAAAACAAACCAAAAAAACAACAAAUGUAAACAUUAACUUGAUAACAACUGACAAAUGCUCGCUUCACUAUUUUUUUUUUUUUUAUAAGCUCUUUUUAAUUCUUUUAAGUAGAUAUUUUAUUUUAUAUACUUUCUCCAUGUAAAUUAAAACAAGGCAUCCAGAACAAACAAACAAACUGUUUACACUGCAGGAAAAAACUUUCAGAUGUUUCAUGUCUCAUUAUUAAUCUCUUCGAAUAUCAGAAUACAUAUUACCAGGAUGAGAUGACUAAGAUGAUGAUUAUUAUUUAUUUUAUUUUAUUUUAUUUAUUUAUUUUUUUGAAAUACAGGUUGUGCAAAUACAUUUACUGAUAUUGCAUUCUAAUGGAACACGAGCGAGAACAAAACACGCCGUUUUCAUUUAAAGGCCACAUGAGCUACAUUAGCCGACAGCUGUACAAAUACUGUACAGACGCAACGCUGCUUUGUGUUGUGUGGAAACAAAACGCAGGAUCUCAUUUCAGGUCUGUGGAAGAACAUUGUUAGGAUGUUUUUUAUAAUGUGGACCUUUCUUGUGGUGGACAUGACGCCAUUAAUGUCUCAUCCCAUUGCACCAUUUAAUGUUUCUUUCAUUUAGAGAAAAAGUUGUGAGCGAACGUUUCAAUCUUGAACCUAUAGACGUGUUGUGUACGUCUAUGCUUCAAGGUGAAAGGUAAAUAUCAAAGGAGUUCCUUGACUGUACGCGUUUGUGAUGUUGCCACAUAGAUAGCUUGAGCUAUUCUGCUGCCCUUUCAGGAUUUUUUCUGCUUCUCUUCAGCUGUCAAGAUUUCUGCAAUGCAAUGAAAAGUCUAAUAUGCAAAAGAAGAAAGCAGCAAAACAAAAAAUCUAAAAAAAAAAAAAAGAAAAAAAGAAAAAAAAGGUUGCUGACUUCUCUCUCUCUCUCCCUUGUUCAUCACUUUACAGCAGCACUAAUUUCCCAGAUGAUGCAAUUACAUGGAAACCUAAGCUUCUCUAUCUAAUACAACUCCAUAGUGAUCGAGUUCCUUCUUUUUUUUAUUCUUGUUUCUUAUUUCAGAUCGUUUUUCAUAAAAUAGCCAUACAUAAAAGAUGUGAAAAGGUGGCUACUAUGAAUAUGGACUAAUAAAAAAACAGAUCCUGGUUUGCAACAUUUUUUUUUCCCAUCCUGUCCUAUUUGCUUCAAAUCUCAAAUCUUCAGGUCUUGGUGUGAGGCCAUGCCGGAUAUUUCAUUUACACUUGUGUUUAUUGAAACUCCUGGCUUCUGUAAAUUGGAUCCCACUCCCUUUGUUUCCAAUUGUUUGGCACAGGUUAGAAAAACCUUUUAUGACUGACAAAGAGAAAUGAUUGGUGCUCUAUAUGUCGGGUCACAUGCUUCAUUUAGCUUUUAUUUGUGCCAUGUUUACACCUAUGUUACAGUUUGUAGGCAGUUGCAGAUCCGCAGAGUUCAGAUUCUGAUUGUAGUGCAGCGCAAAGAACAGAAACUUCAGCGUGGUCAGGAUUAGCUGGCUCUUCACAAAUACUUCUUUUUGUCAGUUGCUUACUAUUACUUUAUAAAAAAAAACACGUGUCAGAUUUUUUGGUUUUCAAAGGAAGCAUAUGAAACCUAUUGGAACGUUUCCUCAAACACUGUAUUUUUAAUAAAAAUCUAAAUCCAAAGCAGCUACUUGUAAGGAUUGUGUAUAACAGGAUGACACUAUGGACUAAAAUCUAUUCAUUAAUAUCUAAUUAAAAUCCAUGAAAAUGUUCUAAAUGUUAAAAUACUUGGGACUGUUUGUGACUUAGUUACAUUUACACUUGGAUACCAAAGUAAUCAUGAUUUCUUCUCUCAUUUUACUUGUGAUGUGUGCGUUGUACAUCACUUUAUUUCCUCCUCCUUUAAUUCUUUCUUUUGCAGGACUCACUCAGUAUUUGUAAUGGUUUUUUGCUCUGUUUGCUCAGGGGGAUUAGAGAUCUACAGCAGGGAGAAGAUUGCAUUACUGUUGCAAUUGUCUGAAAUCUAUUUAACGAGUAAAAAGUGCUGAAACUGAAUGCUUAGCAAGCUAAUGUGUAAUACACCGAUUUAUUUAAAUACUCUUAAUCACCUUAAGUGUUUCCUAUUUAUUCUUUUGAUGUGUUUCUUGUUUGUGUCUGAAUACAUCUGUUUAGUCCAUCAGCUGAUUUUUUUUUUUUAAGACUUAACAUCUUGGGAAUUGCAGCAUAACCACUUUUCAUUGUCGAAUCGCGCAUUUUCCUUCAGUGGCCUCUGUAUUACCUUUUAACGAACAAUCGUCAGUGUUUGAAAUCAUUCUCUACACCAGUCAUUGUUCUAAGCAAUACACUACUCACUCUCCGUUCACUAUCCAAUAGUAUAUAUUUCUUAUUACUGUGUGUUUACAAUCACGCUGUGUCUAAAAAUAUAAUGUGAAAUCUCUGUACAGACUUUGUGUAAAGGUUUAUUCAGUUUUGUUUUAAAAAAAGAAGAAGAAGAUGAGGAGGAAUUUGGCUACAGCAGUAUCACUAUAAGCUCUGUAUUUACAUCAUGUUAGAAACACUGAGCUUAAAUGCUUGCUUGUGUGUUGCUCAUAUUUAACAAUCGUGUCACAGAUACAACAAUUUACAGCUUCCUAUACAUUGCUGUUCUUUAAGCUCAAGCAAUGUAAAAAUAAAAUGACUGUUUUUGUUUUUCACAUUGUGUACACUCUACACAUCUACACAGAAGUUGACAACCUUGCUUUUGUUUUAUUACAAAUAAAAAGGUUUGACAUAUAUGGA